AAUGGCGCCAUUCUCAUUUUUGGCUGCACUUCCAAUUUAUAUAUAUAUUAUAUAUUAUAUUAUCAAUUAUCAAUCAUUUUAUUAUUUUUCUUAUACAUAUAAAUAGUGAGUUUCCUGUACGGUGCCACCACGGUCCUCUUUCUAAAAGCCCAACUCAUCAUCUCUCCAAACCCUAAACUCUCUCUCUUCUUCCCUCCAGAUCUCGCCGGAUAUUCACCCCAUGUGAUUUCCUCCACACCACGUUCACCAUCUUCCCCCUCAUUUCCUUCUCCCACCAUCCAACUUCCAUUUCACCUUCGCAUGAUCAUCAUCCCCCCCCUUUAUCCAUGGCUUCCGCAUGCGUUAACAAUGUCGGAAUCUCCUCCGAAAAUUUCCUCGACUGCUCUUCUUCUGUUCCAUGUCAUUCCUAUGGUUGGCUCGGCCCUCGCCUCUCCUUCAGCCGUGAUGACUCCCCUCCUUCUAACCUCGCCGGACCUUUGUCCAAGACUAAACCUCCUGCUGUUGCCGACUCCGACAGUACUCGAGAUCCGGAUCCUGAACUGCUUCCGGUUACUGACUUCGAGUUCCGUCUUCAAGAUCCCGUUUCCUUGAUGCUCCCUGCGGAUGAGCUGUUUUUUGAUGGCAAACUCGUGCCGCUUCAGGUUUCGUCUGUUAAACCCUCAGUCAACGGGUUGAAGUCCACCAGGUGCGUUUCCUCGCCACAGACUACGGUUCAGUCCCGUCGAAGAGUUGAGGAAGAAUGCAGUACGGAUCCGUAUCUUUUUUCUCCUAAAGCCCCGCGGUGUUCCAGUCGAUGGAGGGAGCUUUUGGGGCUCAAAAAGCUGUACCAGAGUAGCAGCAAUGGCAAUGGCAACGCUAAAAACGAUAACCACAAAGCCACGACCACCUCUUACUUCUCCGAAGCUAAUUCGAAGGCGUUGAAGUACUUUCUUCACCGAAGUUCCAAAUCGUCGUUGUCAUCCUCUUUGGAUUCGUCGCUGAGCCUUCCAUUACUAAAGGAUUCCGAUAGUGAGUCUGUUUCACUAUCUUCUUCUCGUGUAUCUCUUUCCUCUUCUUCCUCAGGUCACGAACACGAAGAUCUUCACAGACUGUCACUCGAUUGCGAAAAUAAGCCAAACACGAAUCCGAUUUCCCUCCAUAGGAACCCCAAUCACAACAAUCCACCGCGGAUGAGACUGGUGAAACCGAGGCCUAAAUCGGAGAGUAAUCCAAGAUCAACUUCAACAGCAGAUCAUCAUCAUCCAUCGGCGACGAGAGUAGGGAGAAGCCCGAUACGGCGUACGCCUGGAGAAUCAUCGUCAUCCUCCAGUAGAUUAGGGAUGCGAGGAGAAUCGGUAGACAGUCCACGAAUGAACUCAUCAGGUAAAAUCGUGUUCCACAACUUGGAGAGAAGCUCAAGCAGUCCAAGCAGCUUCAAUGGCGGACCAAAAUUCAAAAACAGAGGAAUGGAACGGUCAUACUCUGCUAACGUGAGAGUAACUCCAGUCCUAAACGUUCCAGUUUGUUCUUCCUUAAGAGGAUCCUCAAAAUCCGUCUCUGUAUUCGGAUUCGGACCAUUAUUAUUCACCGGGACCGGCGGAAGCAGCAGCAGCAGAAGCCACCAGAAUAGCAGCAGCAACAGUAGUAGUAGUAGUAGUAACCGGACGGGGCGGAGGGAAAAUCCAUUGGUGAGAGAUUAGAAGAAAAGGGAUUUCUAAUUUUGGGUAACACUAACCAAACCCCGUUUUUUUCCCAUUUUGCUCUCAAUGUUUUAGGAUUAUACUGAAAUUUCCCCCUUUAUGAUAGACGGAUUUGGUUUCAAUUUGCUAAUUCUUAACACAAAAACAGGCAUCAUAAUCAUCAUCAUCACCAUUCACCACCAUCGUGUAUUAUGUAAAUACGGCAGGGGAAUUUUUGUUUUAGUUUGAUUUAAUUUUAGUUAAUCUGGUUGAUCUUCUAAUUAAUCUCUUCAACACUUUGAA